AUGUCGUACUCCCAGUAUUCCGGAAACCCGUACCAGUCGGGCCCCGCGCAGGAGACGGCGUACGGCUCCCCAAAUCCCUACGGCAGCCCGGAACAACAUGAGCUGCAGCAGAUCAGCCCGGGCCAGAACCCCUACGGCCCUGCGCAGUCAUCCAACGUCCUGUCGCAACAAGACUUCCUCCAGCGCGUCUCACACGUUCGUAAUGAGAUCCGCUCCCUCACAGCCGACGUUCAGCGCAUCGCCACCCUGCACCAUGACGCUCUGGUUGGCGCCGACGACACCGCCCAGCGCCGUCUAGACGACCUAGUCGCCUCCACCCAGCUGAAGAACACUGGUAUCCGCGACCAGAUCAGGUCCCUCAAGGCCGACGUUGAGCGCACCACCGACGGCAGCGCCAGCAUGAAGAAGAGGCAGUUCGAGGCUCUCAACGGUGACUUCAAGAAGGAGCUUCAGAACUACAUGCAGGAGGAGCAACAGUACCGCGAAAGGUACCGCGACCAGAUUGCCCGCCAGUACAGGAUCGUCAACCCCGACGCAUCCGAGGACGAGGUGCGCCAAGCUGCGGACGCCGACUGGGGCAAUGAGGGUGUGUUCCAGACAGCACUCAGGACAAACCGCUCAGGCCAGGCCUCCGCGGUGCUCGGCAACGUGCGCGCGCGGCACAACGAGCUCCUGCGGAUCGAGCAGUCCAUCACGGAGCUCGCGGGGAUCUUUCAGGACCUCGACACCCUCAUCGUGCAGCAGGAAGCCGUUGUCGAGCGCGCCGAGGAGCAGACCGAGCAGACCAACCAGCACCUGCAGGAGGGCAACAAGCAGGUCGACAUCGGUAUUUCCCACGCCCGCCGCACCCGCAAGCUCAAGUGGUGGUGCGCCCUCGUCGUCUUCCUCAUCUGCCUGGCCAUCGGGCUCGGCGUCGGCCUGGGCAUCUGCUUUAGCACCGGCUCAUGCAGGACAGGGGCGAAGAACUAA